AUGGAUCCUGAUCUUGGGAGAUAUCAGUAUUACCUACAAGUCAAAAAGGAUGUUCUUGAUGGCCGAUUACUUUCUUCAUUGGAGCAGGGAAUUCGACUAGCUGGUUUGGCAGUGCAAGCUGACUUUGGAGACUAUAAUCAGUUUGAAUCUCAUGACUUCCUCCGAGAGUAUGUCUUGUUUCCUAUGGACUGGACCCAGGAUGAAGCUGUCUUGGAGGAGCUGACUCAAAAGGUUGCUCAGGAGCACCGAACUCACAGUGGCAUUACAGCAGCAGAGGCUGAGCUAAUGUACAUCAGUGAAGUGGAACGCCUGGAUGGGUUUGGACAGGAGACUUUCCCUGUGAAGGAUAAUCAUGGAAAUGACAUACACCUUGGUAUUUUCUUCAUGGGAAUCUUCAUAAAAAACAGAAUUGGAAGGACAACUAUGAUUUAUAGGUGGAAUGACAUUGGGAAUAUAGCACAUAACAAGUCUUCAAUUGUUCUGGAGUUGAUCAACAAAGAAGAGAAUGUGCUCUUUCACACAGAUGAUCUUGAAAAUGCCAAAUAUAUUUCACGGCUGUUUGCAGCAAGACACAAGUUUUACAAACAGAACAAAAUCUGCACAGAACAAUCAAGUUCUCCUCCCCCCAUCCGCCGCCGACCCACCUGGAGUAGGUCAUCCUUGCCAAGACAGCAUCCAUUUAUACUGCCUCCUAUGCAUGUCCAGUGUGGAGAACACUACACUGAAACACAUAAUUCACAAGAUAGCAUUUUCCAUGGAAAUGAAGAAACUUUCUACUGUAGGUCUCAGACCAGUUUGGACAGGUGUCCAGUGGACUUCAGCUACUUGAAUGGUAAUGGACCCAAUGGGAGCGUAUGCAGUGCCCACAGCAUGAACUCCCUCAAUCGCUCGCAGAACUUCAUCCAGGCAUCUCCAAUGUCCUCAAACCUCAGCAUCCCUGGCAGUGACAUCAUGAGAGCAGACUACAUCCCCAGCCACAGACACAGUGCAAUCAUAGUACCAUCUUACCGCCCGACUCCGGAUUAUGAAACCGUCAUGAGGCAAAUGAAAAGAGGGGUGAUCCAGAUGGACAGCCAAAGUCAGUCUUUGAGGAAUCUCAACAUCGGAAACACACAUGCUUAUAACCAGCCAGAAGACCUCGUUUACAGUCAGCCUGAGAUCCGAGAGAGACAUCCUUACACCGUUGCGUACGGGCCCCAGGGUGGCGGCUAUAACAAGCCCGUGGCCCCGUCUGACCCGAUGACCCCUAACAACGCCACGCAGAACAAGGCCGCGGCCAGUGCCAUAUCCCACACCGUCAGCACGCCGGAGCUGGCGAACGUGCAGCUGCAGGGCGGCCAGGGUUACACCACCACUCACAUGCUGAAAAACUAUCUCUUCAGGCCCCCGCCUCCCUACCCGCGCCCGCGUCCCGCCACGAGCACGCCGGACCUGGCCAGCCACCGGCACAGGUACGUCAGCGGCAGCAGCCCCGACCUGGUCACGCGCAAAGUCCAGCUCUCGGUGAAGACCUUCCAGGAGGACAGCUCGCCGGUCGUCCGUCAGUCCCUGCAGGAGGUCAGCGAGCCCCUCCUGGCCGUGAAGCACCACGCAGCUGUGAACAAGCGCCACAGCUUGGAGGUGAUCAGCAACAUGGUACGUGGCAUAGAAGCCAUGGCGUUAAAAACUCUGAACGCCCCUCUGCCCCGCAGGAACACUCUGCGGGAGCAGGUGCAGCCAGAAGAGUCGGUUCAGAUGGGGCACGAAAUUCAGCAGGUUCCUCAUUAUCAUCAUAAAAAGACAUUCUCUGAUGCCACGAUGCUGAUACACAGCAGUGAAAGUGAAGAGGAAGAGGACACCCCAGAAUCUGUGUCAGGGAUAACAGCCCUCCAUGAGGACAUGGAAUACAGCGCCCAGCUGCAAGCUGCCUUGGCUAGAAUACCAAAUAAACCUCCUCCAGAGUACCCUGGGCCUCGUAAAAGCGUCAGCAAUGGAGCCCUGAGGCAGGACCACGUUAGCAUUUCUGUGGCCGUAGCCAGGGCCAAGGCCAUGAGGCCAGGGCCUUCCAAAGCCAUCAGUGUCUCUCGAACUGAUCAAAUGGCAAUAAACGGGUCUUCCCUCGGGCCCUCUAUCUCAGAGCCUGACCUCACGAGUGUGAAGGAGCGGGUCAAGAAAGAACCUGUCAAGGAAAGGCCUGUGUCGGAAAUGUUUUCAAUCGAGGACAGCAUUAUAGAAAGAGAAAUCAUGAUGAGG